AUGGGCAUCGUAUCGCAAAUGCUUGCGCCACCCCCUAACCCAAGAGGGGCUGCUGUCCAAAUGGUCGCAGCUGCUGCUGGAGGUGCUCAAGGAUGCCGCCCCUCCCCCCCGAAGGACGCUGAUAACGCCGCUGGUUGCACACGCGUCGUGACGCAGCUGGUAAAGAAAGGCGUAUUGCAGGCCCAGGCUUGGGCGCCCGCAGCGGGAGACCAGGUUCUUGCCGUGCUGCCAGAGGACCAGGAGUGGCACCUGGCCGUGGUGGACUCGGCGUCGCAGGGUACGCAGCACCCCGCAAUUGCGGAUGAGAGCAACGGGGCGGGCGCGGGCGACGCGGGCGUCGAGCCGGCGGACCUCGUGGCCUUCGCCUUCCUUGUCGAUGUGGGGACCGGAGGACAUUCCUUGAGUAUGGGCGGCCGCUCGACGUGGCCGUCGCGGACCUCAGGAUUCUCUCUUUCUGGCGGGGCCCUCCCCCCCCCUCCCCGCACAUCUCUUCUCAUGGAGGACCGAGGGACCUAUGCUGUAUGA